AUUAGAGGCUGAAUCUAUCAUUGAUGUUCGACACAGAGCUGACUACAACACUCUUUCUGGGUUACUGUAAUUUUAGGUCAAGUGCGCCAGCUUGGACUACUUUCAUAGCACACAUAGCACCUUCCCUUCUUUGGGCAUCACUCUUUCAAAGCCAACAUGACUGGGUGUGAACCGUUGGAAAAGAAGAAGCAGCAGCAGCACACGUCGGUUAACGGGGACGUUUGCUCAGAGGCAGCCGUGGAGGAUGCGUUUGAUCACACUUACAAGGAGAAAGAGGGCCCAAAACCUCCCAGAGUCAUGGUGUGGAGAAAUGUCAUCCUCAUGACUCUGUUGCAUAUAGGAGCAGCUUACGGCUUAUUCCUCAUCCCUACAGCAUCUCCCUCUACUUUGCUUUGGUCUUUAGUCUGCUUUCUGCUAAGUGCUUUAGGAGUUACAGCAGGAGCUCAUCGUUUGUGGAGUCACAGGGCCUACAAGGCGUCUCUACCUCUGAGGAUCUUUCUUGCUCUUAGUAAUUCCAUGGCCUUUCAGAACGACAUCUUUGAGUGGGCUCGAGACCACCGGGUUCAUCACAAAUACUCCGAGACGGACGCAGACCCCCACAAUGCCGGAAGGGGCUUCUUCUUCUCUCACAUCGGCUGGCUGCUGGUCCGAAAACAUCCUGACGUCAUCGAGAAGGGCCGCAAGCUGGAGCUCAGUGACCUGCUUGCUGACAAAGUUGUGAUGUUUCAGAGAAGGCACUACAAGCUCUCUGUGCUGCUAAUGUGCUUCUUCAUCCCGAUGUUUGUGCCUUGGUACUUCUGGGGCGAGUCGCUUUGGGUGGCCUACUUCAUCCCGGCCCUGCUGCGGUACACCUUGGUGCUGAACGCCACCUGGCUCGUCAACAGCGCGGCACACAUGUGGGGAAACAGGCCAUACGACAGGAACAUCAACCCUAGAGAGAACAGAUUCGUCACUUUCAGCGCCAUAGGUGAGGGAUUUCACAACUACCACCACACUUUCCCCUACGACUAUGCCACCAGCGAGUACGGCUGCAAGCUGAACCUCACCACCUGCUUCAUCGACUUCAUGUGCUUUCUGGGCCUGGCUAAGGAUCGCAAGAGGGUGUCCCGUGAGGUUGUCCAGUCUCGGAUACAGCGCACCGGAGACGGAAGUCACCGCAGUGGCUAAAAAAAACAAAACCCAAACAAACAAAAUUAAAAUACCCAAAAGACGUUGUCCUGUUCUAAAGAAGAUGAUUACCAAUGCUCUGACAGCUGCUCAUUUGCUCAUCCUUUGAGGUUUAAAGUCUGCGUCACAAGGGCCUUCAUCGCAUUUAGUUCGUUCUUUGUGGGGUUUCUGUAGCUGUAGCCAUAAAAACUGUUAAUGAAAAGAAAAAAACUUCUAAAAUUUGAGACGUUUAUUUGUUACUUGAAAAUUAUUUCAACGUUUUCAUUGAGUAAAAAAAAAAAUCAACUAUACUUUGCAGUUAUGCUACCAGCUGUUGAUCUGAUCCGUUGCUGUUUAAUUGAUUCAAUGCAGAUGUGAAACUUUAUUGCACUUGAUAGCAUUUUUUAAAAUAACGCUAUUAUUAAUAUCACCUUUAGGACCUUUGAACAUUUCACCAAAAAUAUUUUCAUUCGAUGCUUGUCGGCUGUAUUGAAAGUUAAAAUGUAAUCAGUCAGCAUUAAUGUGUAUUCCAGUUGCCUUCUGCCGCGAAACAAAGCUAAAUUUACAGGAAAUUUGAAGCACUUGGGGAAAAAAAACAAUUUGUACCGCUUUUAUCUUUUAAUGGAAUUAGAUACGGUGAUAAAAUACGAUAAAAGGACAUUUAUGAUGAAAUUCAUAAUGCUUUCUGUUCUGAUGGCCACAUUUCAAUUUUCUAGAUUUUGCCAAAAGUGUUCCUAUCAGCCAUUUCAAGGUGACGGUAAAAUGUCUGUUGGGUGUGAAGGCCGAGCUCUUAUUGGUUGCUAUGGAAACCAGUCAGACCACAGAUCUGGUGUCAGAAAAAUAAAAUCCAUACCAGCUCCUUUGCAUGACAUAUACUGUAGUAGGUGUCGUGGUAAGGUGACGUGUCAGUGGCUGUCAUGGCAGAACCGGUCUUAAUUGUCACUGUUGUAUCUUCAGAACUGUUGUCAUGGUGAUAAACGGGGUAUGGAAAGAGGGAGUAUUUUUUUUUUUUUAUUGUAGGUGCAUUAAUGUUAGCGUUUAUCUGCUAUAACAGUCUAUAAUGCUUCUGUUAUUUAUGUAUUGUUGUAUUAUUUCUCAAUUUUUGGCCUAAAUAUUCUAACGUGAUGUUUUUUGGGGGUUUUUAUUCCUCGAUUUGAGAGAAAGUCUUGUCUUAUAUGUGAAAUAUAUCAAACUGCAGCGCCUGGGUAUCUCUUUCAAAAACAGUCAGAAUACAGUACCUUGCAAAAGUAACACGUUGUUACAUUACUGCCACUAGCUUUAACAAAUCUUAUUGGGAUUUUUUGAAGUACUACAACAAUGGUGAACAUAAAUGUGGAGGCACAGUGAAAGGAAUAUAAUAGUUUAUUUGUUGCUUUACUGAAAAAAAAAUGUUCCAAGUUUACAUCCAUUAAGUCCCCUUUAUGUAUAAGUAGUCUUUUGGGAUUAGUCUCUACCAGCUCUACUGUUAUAUAUACUUUCAUAUUUGCAGUGUUCAGUGGUACGCAGACCUCCACUUUGACUAAGCCAUCUCACAAAUGAUUUGUUUUAAACUAUUAGAUUAGUUGUGUUGCUGAACGGGGAAACUGCCCCCAUUUCAAAUCCAAAACAGAAUUUUUUCCAGGAAGAGCCUGUAUUUAGAAGCUACAUCCAUUUUCACGCAAUGCACUCCCACAGCAUGCUGCUGCCACCACCAUGUUUUAUGGUGAGAAUGGGGUUAAGGUUGUAAGUUUCCUCCCCAUGUACUUAGGCAAACCUUAAAUGGGAUAUUUUAUGUUUUGAUUUUUGCUUUGCUACUCUUCCAUAGAUUCCAGGUUAAUGUGCAACAUUUUCUUCACAUUUAUGUACUACUUUGUUUUGACGUAAUCAAAUAUCUCAUUUUUAUACAUCAAAUGUCGCAGGUAUGAUGUAACAAUUUGCAAAUGUUCUUGCUGAAUUAAUACUUUUCAUGGUACUGUGCCUCCGUAAUGCCUUAUGAAAAGCAUCCAUUUCUUCACAUUCCAGUACCGGUAGUUAAGACUGCAAGGUUAAAAAAAAAAAA